GCGGCCCGUGCCCGCGCCAACGGCGAGCUCCCCCACGCGCCGCUAGGUCUCCGCUCGCUGGCGGCUCGUUAUGGCGUCGCAGCACUGGAAUGCUUCUCCAGCGGCGGAGCCGGUGGGGAAGGACUCGCCGACAAUGACAUCGUCCUCGCCGCGGCGUGCGGGGGAGGCCCCGCUCGGCGCGCCCGCGGCCUCGAUGCUCGACGCCACCGAGGCCAAGGAGAGCGUCACCGUCACCGUCCGCUUCCGGCCGCUCAGCCCGCGGGAGGUUCGGCUGGGGGAAGAGAUCGCUUGGUACGCGGAUGGCGACACCAUUGUGCGGAGUGAGCAGAAUCACGGCAUCGCGUACGCGUACGAUCGAGUUUUCAGACCAACUACAACAACACGUCAUGUAUAUGAUGCCGCAGCUCUGCAUGUUGUUCGUGGUGCCAUGGAUGGAAUAAAUGGUACAAUAUUCACAUAUGGAGUUACAAGCAGUGGGAAGACACAUACAAUGCAUGGAGAUCAAAGAUCACCCGGGAUCAUACCUUUGGCUGUUAAAGAUGCAUUUAAUAUAAUACAAGAGACUCCAAACCGAGAGUUUCUACUCCGUGUAUCAUACUUGGAAAUCUAUAAUGAGGUUGUCAAUGAUCUUCUAAAUCCUUCACGGCAGAACUUGCGGAUUAGGGAGGAUCUUCAGGGGACAUUUGUUGAGGGCAUAAAAGAAGAAGUGGUGUUGUCUCCUGCACAUGCCUUGUCCCUUAUUGCAGCUGGCGAAGAGCACAGACAUGUUGGGUCCACUAAUUUCAAUCUGCUAAGCAGCAGAAGCCAUACAAUUUUCACACUGACGAUAGAGAGCAGCCCCUGUGGCGAAUUUAGUGAAGGGGAGGCAGUCACGUUCUCACAGCUGAACCUCAUCGAUCUGGCAGGUUCUGAGAGUUCAAGGGCUGAAACUACGGGAGUACGCCGGAAGGAAGGAUCUUAUAUCAAUAAAAGUUUGCUAACUCUUGGAACGGUUAUAUCAAAACUGACUGAUGGAAAAGCUACUCACGUUCCAUUUCGAGAUUCCAAAUUGACACGGUUGCUACAGUCAUCCUUAAGUGGCCAAGGACGUGUUUCUCUAAUAUGCACUGUUACUCCAACAUCAAGCAAUUCAGAAGAGACUCAUAACACAUUAAAAUUUGCCCACCGUGCAAAACACAUUGAGAUUCAGGCAUCGCAAAACAAGAUUAUGGAUGAGAAAUCUUUAAUAAAAAAGUACCAAAAUGAAAUUCGCCAAUUGAAGGAAGAGCUUGACCAACUGAAGAGGGGCAUACUUUCUGGCACUCCUUUGAAAGAUGCCAGUGAAGAUAGUGACAUUCUCUGGAAACAGAAGGUGCUAGAAGAUGGCAAUGUCAAACUCCAGUCUAGACUGGAACAAGAAGAAGCUGCUAAAGCUGCUUUGCUUGCGAGGAUACAACGUCUAACGAAGCUAAUCCUGGUUUCCACAAAAGCAACUCAGAAUCCUAGAUUGUUCCAACAUCCUAUCCCAAGGAGAAGACAUUCUUUUGGUGAACAGGAGCUGGCAUGUCUCCCACAUAGAAGCCAAGAUAUUGUAUUGAAUUGUGAAAGCAAUGAUUUAUUUGUUUCUAUGGAAGGAUUUGAUGAAACACUUGAAGUUUCUUCCAAAUGGGAGAAGAAGAAUCGCAAAGGGUUUCUUAAUUGGUUCAAACUUCGGAAACAUGACGGUGGUUCUGCUGCUCUGACAAGCUCAGAUGGUGACCAAUCAAGCCUGAGGAAAGCACUCACUGCCCCUUCGACACCCUUAGGGAACGGACUUAAUUUUCAAACGGAACAAGGGAAGUCUAAUUCUCUGCUUCCUGAGAAUGUGUCAGCUGUCCUACUGAGUGUUGACCAUGAAGAGUUUCAUUCUGAUGGCCUUUGCGGAGAAGAAGCUUCUUUGGUCAGCAGAAAAAGAACAGAUCAUGUUAAUCUAUUGAGAGAGCAGUUGAAGAUCUUGUCAGGGGAGGUUGCACUCCAUAAAAGUUUUUUAAAGCACCUCAUGGAGGAAGCUGGAAGAAGCACAAUGAAUGAACAUAUCGAGAUGGAAAUGAAGAAAGUCAAUGAAGAGAUUAAGGGCAAGCAGCAGCAGAUAGAAAAUGUAGAAAGGCAGAUUAAGGGGAAGCUUGACCAGUUAGAACAUCCACUGUCUCACGCUGAGCUACUGGAGCAGCUCAAUGAGAAAGCAUUUGAACUUGAGGUGAAGACAGCAGAUAACAGAAUACUGCAAGACCAGCUACAGCAAAAGGGAAGCGAAUGCCAGAAAUUACAAGAAACAGUUGCUCACUUACAAGAACAGCUUUCCCAAGCUCUUGAGGCUAAUGAUCUAUUGUCAGAAAGCAUCAUAUUUCAGCCGAACACAGACAUCAUCGUUCAAAUUGGAUCUCAAGUUCACAAACUGGAUCCAGCAUCUUUAGAUGUCUCUGAUGAAUUGUGUCAAAAAGCACAGUUGGAGAUUGAUGAACUGAAGCGAAGAUUGCGAGGGCUCACUGAAGCCAAAGCUCAACUAGAGGCCCGCAAUCAGAAGCUUCUAGAGGAAAGCAUGUAUGCAAAAGGCCUGGCCUCAGCUGCAGGCAUCGAACUGAAAGCACUUUCAGGAGAGGUCACCAAACUCAUGAACCACAAUGAAAGGCUUGCAAGUGAGUUGGCAUCAGCAAGAAAUUCAACGCAACGGCGAGUGAGCAAUGGUCAAAAGGUUGGUAGAAGGGAUACCUAUACUAAACGGCAUGAGCCAGCUAGCAGAAGAGAUGUUCAUGCCAGCUAUGAAAGGGAGCAAGCUCUGGAGGUCAUUCUUAUGGAGAAGGACCAAAGAGAGGCAGAACUCCAGAAGAAAAUUGAGGAGUCCAAGCAGAAGGAAGCCAUUCUGGAAGGAGAGCUUGCAAACAUGUGGGUUCUAGUCGCGGAACUGAAGAAGGGUCGGGGAGUUGACCAAGAUGAUAUGGAUGCCAAACUCAACGGAUCAUGAUCAUGACCCUGGAAAUCGGCUGAGCUUCGGCAUUGCACUUUCCUUGUGUGGGGGUUUGCCCCAGUGUGAAUCCGUGUGUAUUGGUUGUAAACGUGUAAUUAGCUAGGUUGGACCGUUGGGGUCAGUAUGUGUUAUAUACAAGUAUGUAGCGAUCAGGUUUUUGCCUAUGUUCUCAGAACUGCCAUGAUGCAUGUCUGGUUUGUUCAGGGCUUUCAGGUUUCAGCAGCUCAACUUGUAGUUUGUCCCGUUUAAACAAAUGAAAGCCUGGUAAUGCUGCCCUUGAUCUGCUUGCCUA